GAGAAGACAGCUGGAUUUCAGGCGCUGGUACAGUUUACUGAUUCGGAAACUGCUACUUCUGCGAAGGAUGCUCUUAUUGCUUUGCUUUUUCAGGUUGCAAUUUCCUCUGAAAGUGAGACUGAAAAAAGAUGCACUGUGGAUAGGCACUUAGGUGGCGUCGAUGGGAACAGACAAAAGCAAUGGAACUGGAAACGUGGUCCUGCUUCUUUUCUUGAAAUUACGGAGUAUAAUUGGCUGAGAAGAGAUUUGGACGUUAUGGCUUUGGCUGAAGUUAACGAUAAGUGGGUUUGGAUCGAGACUAACUUAUAUGAAUUUUUAAUUUGUACUGUCAAGAGAAUGCUUUCCAAAAGGAACGAUUAUUGCGGUAACUACGUGUUAGAAUGGUGCAAGUGGUUACCGUUGAAGUGUAUUGUUUUCGUGUGGAGAGCCGAAAUGGAAAAAAAUGCGACGGGAGCGGCUUGUAUAGACUUAAAUAUUAAUGUGGAAGUCUCAAACUGCCCAUUUUGUGAUUACAGCGAUGAAACAGUGAGUCACUUGUUUUGCUCAUGUAUGAUUGCUUCGACGAUUUGGCUGCACAUUAGUAGAUGGUGUAAAAUAGCUCUCUUUGUCGUAAGCUCGGUUAGAGAUAUCCUAGAGUUGCAGAAUCUUAUGCGCUUGACAGGAUUGGUUAAGAACGUCUUUCAUGGAAUUUUGAUCGUCGGAUGUUGGUGUUUGUGGCGGGCUAGAAACAGUCUCAGAUUCGAGAACAAAGAAGUGCAGGUGGAAGAAAUUAUUAGAGAAAUUAAAUCGUUGGGUUAUUUUGAAUUAGCAUUAAAUUAAAAGGAAUGACCGUUUUGUGGUCCGAUUGGUGUAAUUGUGUAUAUAUGUAAUCCGGUUUGGUGUGUGUCUGCCCCGUUUUGUGAGUUGGAGCUUUUUAAGAAAUAUGUUAAAAAAAAAGAAUAAUGCUUAAAUUAGCA